GGGGGCGGAGGCGGGCGCGUGCCGGGCCCGGCGGAGGCGGAGGGAGCGGAGCAUGAAUGGAGCAAAAUGGCGGAUCAUGUGCAGAGCCUAGCCCAGCUAGAGAACCUGUGCAAGCAGCUGUAUGAGACCACAGACACUGCGACACGGCUGCAGGCAGAGAAGGCCCUGGUUGAGUUCACCAACAGUCCCGACUGCCUGAGCAAGUGCCAGCUGCUUCUAGAAAGAGGGAGUUCGUCCUACUCCCAGCUCCUGGCAGCUACAUGCCUUACGAAACUCGUGUCACGCACAAACAACCCGCUACCGUUGGAGCAGCGAAUUGAUAUCCGAAACUAUGUGCUCAACUACCUUGCCACCAGGCCGAAGCUGGCCACGUUUGUCACACAAGCACUGAUCCAGCUGUAUGCCAGGAUCACUAAGCUGGGCUGGUUUGACUGUCAGAAGGAUGAAUACGUCUUCAGGAACGUGAUCACAGAUGUCACAAGGUUCUUGCAGGAUAGUGUAGAGCACUGCAUCAUAGGAGUGACAAUCCUGUCCCAACUAACUAAUGAAAUUAAUCAAGUAAGUGCUACAGCCUUCCUCAGUGAAGCUGACACGACUCAUCCUCUGACCAAGCACAGGAAAAUAGCCUCUUCCUUCCGGGAUUCAUCUUUAUUUGAUAUUUUCACACUGUCAUGCAAUUUGCUGAAACAGGCUUCUGGGAAGAACCUGAACCUCAAUGAUGAGAGCCAGCACGGUCUGCUCAUGCAGCUUCUAAAGCUCACUCAUAAUUGCCUGAACUUUGAUUUCAUCGGCACGUCGACGGAUGAGUCCUCAGAUGAUCUUUGCACUGUGCAGAUCCCAACCAGUUGGAGAUCAGCAUUCUUGGAUUCUUCGACCCUUCAGCUGUUUUUUGAUCUUUAUCAUUCCAUCCCUCCGUCGUUUUCUCCUCUGGUGUUGUCCUGUUUAGUGCAGAUCGCCUCUGUACGCAGAUCCCUCUUCAACAAUGCGGAACGAGCAAAGUUUCUGUCUCAUCUCGUUGAUGGAGUCAAGCGAAUACUGGAAAACCCUCAGAGUUUAUCAGACCCAAACAACUACCACGAGUUCUGCCGAUUGCUGGCCCGAUUGAAAAGCAAUUACCAGCUGGGGGAGCUGGUGAAGGUGGAGAACUACCCCGAGGUCAUCCGACUCAUCGCCAACUUCACCGUGACCAGCCUGCAGCACUGGGAGUUUGCACCAAACAGUGUUCACUAUCUGCUGAGCUUGUGGCAGCGCCUGGCGGCGUCGGUGCCCUACGUGAAAGCCACCGAGCCUCACAUGCUGGAAACGUACACACCUGAAGUCACAAAGGCCUACAUCACGUCCAGACUGGAAUCUGUGCACAUCAUACUGAGGGACGGUCUGGAGGAUCCCCUGGAUGACACCGGCCUGGUGCAGCAGCAGCUGGAUCAGCUCUCCACCAUCGGCCGGUGUGAGUAUGAGAAGACGUGCGCUCUGCUGGUGCAGCUCUUUGACCAGUCGGCCCAGUCCUACCAGGAGCUGCUGCAAAGCGCCACCGCCAGCCCCAUGGACGUUGCUGUGCAGGAAGGGCGCCUGACGUGGCUCGUCUACAUCAUCGGGGCAGUGAUUGGUGGUAGGGUCUCAUUUGCCAGCACAGAUGAGCAGGAUGCGAUGGACGGCGAGCUGGUCUGUCGGGUGCUGCAGCUGAUGAACCUGACGGACUCACGGCUGGCACAGGCUGGCAAUGAGAAGUUGGAGCUUGCCAUGCUGAGCUUCUUUGAGCAGUUCCGGAAGAUCUAUAUUGGAGAUCAGGUGCAGAAGUCUUCCAAGCUGUACCGCCGUCUCUCAGAGGUCCUGGGGCUGAACGAUGAGACCAUGGUCCUGAGCGUCUUCAUAGGGAAAAUCAUCACCAACCUGAAGUACUGGGGUCGAUGUGAGCCCAUCACCUCCAAGACGCUGCAGCUGCUCAACGACCUGUCCAUCGGGUACAGCAGCGUCAGAAAGCUGGUGAAGCUGAGCGCUGUGCAGUUCAUGCUGAACAAUCACACGAGUGAGCACUUUUCCUUCCUGGGCAUUAACAAUCAGUCCAACCUGACUGACAUGAGAUGUCGGACUACGUUCUACACGGCACUCGGGCGUCUUCUCAUGGUGGAUUUAGGAGAAGAUGAGGAUCAGUACGAGCAGUUCAUGCUUCCCCUGACAGCUGCCUUUGAGACUGUGGCACAGAUGUUCAGCACAAACACCUUCAACGAACAAGAGGCGAAAAGAACUUUGGUUGGUUUGGUGAGAGAUUUGAGGGGAAUCGCCUUUGCCUUCAACGCCAAGACCAGCUUCAUGAUGCUGUUUGAGUGGAUCUACCCAUCCUACAUGCCCAUCCUACAGCGGGCCAUUGAGCUCUGGUACCACGACCCAGCCUGCACGACGCCUGUGCUCAAACUGAUGGCUGAGCUGGUGCAUAACAGGUCCCAACGGCUGCAGUUUGACGUGUCCUCGCCGAAUGGCAUCCUGCUCUUCAGAGAGACCAGUAAAAUGAUAACUACGUACGGAAAUCGAAUCCUAACGCUUGGGGAGGUCCCGAAGGAUCAGGUCUACGCCUUGAAGCUGAAGGGCAUUUCCAUCUGCUUCUCCAUGCUGAAGGCCGCGCUGAGCGGGAGCUACGUCAACUUCGGGGUGUUCCGUCUGUACGGGGACGACGCGCUGGACAACGCCUUGCAAACUUUUAUCAAGCUCCUGCUCUCCAUCCCUCACAGCGACCUCCUGGACUAUCCCAAGCUCAGCCAGUCGUACUAUUCCUUGCUGGAAGUUCUGACCCAGGACCACAUGAACUUUAUAGCCAGUCUGGAGCCUCACGUAAUCAUGUAUAUUCUCUCUUCCAUUUCAGAAGGCCUCACUGCACUGGACACCAUGGUUUGCACGGGCUGCUGCUCCUGUUUGGACCACAUAGUCACCUAUCUCUUCAAGCAGCUGUCUCGCAGCACCAAGAAGAGGACCACGCCUCUGACCCAGGAGAGCGACCGCUUUCUGCACAUCAUGCAGCAGCACCCCGAGAUGAUCCAGCAGAUGCUGUCAACUGUGCUGAAUAUCAUCAUCUUCGAGGACUGCAGGAACCAGUGGUCCAUGUCACGGCCUCUGCUCGGCCUCAUUCUGCUCAACGAGAAGUACUUCUCCGACCUGAGGAACAGCAUCGUGAACAGCCAGCCCCCGGAGAAGCAGCAGGCCAUGCACCUCUGCUUCGAGAACCUGAUGGAAGGCAUCGAGCGCAACCUCCUCACCAAGAACAGGGACAGGUUCACGCAGAACCUGUCGGCCUUCAGACGGGAGGUGAACGACUCCAUGAAGAACUCCACCUACGGGGUCAACAGCAACGACAUGAUGAGCUGACGGCUCGCGGCUCCUCCCGCACGGCGCGGCGUCUCUCCGGCCCGGUCCACGGGGCUUCCCGUUUUCCGAUGGAAAGCAAAGCAGGGGCGAUUUCCAAUCCUUGCUCUCCCCCCUCCGGGGGGCUGAGAGAGGCGGCGCCGCUUUGGCCCCGCGCUCCGCGGCCGUAGGGAGG